AAAUAUGUCUGAAUAAAGUCCAUUCUCAUCAGUCAACUCUUCUGCAGUCAACAGUCCAACAUGGCUAAAUUCGCUACCGCACUUGUUCUCGUCUCUCUCAUUGCCAUAGCCUUGGCCACUGCAUAUCCUCCUCGUAGGAACAAAAAUAAUGCUGCUGUCUACCAGCCCGCAUCCUACAAUGUCCCUAAGAAAGGAUACGAGCCAUCUUAUGUUCAGGAGAAGAAAUAUUACAGCCCUCCCUCGUCUUAUGAUAUGAUGGGAUACGCCAGCGAGUCUGCACCUUAUUACCAGAAGGAAGGAUACAAAGCACAACCUUCUUACGUUAUGAAAGGAUCAAACUACGGCAGCGCUUACAACACUCCUUACCAGAAACCUAAAGCUUAUGGUGGCUACACAUCCUACUGAAUUGUCUAAUUAUAAAUCCACGCCCGCCCACGCCAUCCAUAACUUUAAGUUAUAACUUCUGUCCAGUUGCUUGUAUGUUUUCAAAUUAUGUUUUUAGAUGUCUAUGGGGACGAAUACAUUAUAGGAAAAACAAAA